AUGUUAUCUCAAGUAUCUAGACGUGCCUUAUCGGUAAGAUCUUUCUCUACCUCCAGAAUUGCUUUUGCUGCUCCACCAUCAGGCGGUAAGGAUUCAUUCAGGGAAAAGGAAAACGCUGAAGAAGCUGCUUAUGUUAGAAAGCAUGAAGCUGAACAAUUGGCCAAGUUAAGAGAAGAAUUAGCUAAGCAAAAGACCAAGAUUGCCGAGUUAGAAGAAUCUAUCAACAAGAAAUAA